AUGGCUCGCUCGGCUCUCUUCUUCAUUGUCGUGGCCGUCGUGGCCCUCUCCUUUGCCCCCAAGGCAUAUGCCUUUGGCGCUGGUAACAUUCCUAGCUACUCGUACCUCGAGGACAAGGCCUUCCGUCAUGGUGACAUUGAGGACAUCCUCGCCAACAUGGCAAAGGCCGCCAGCGGUGGCUUCCUUGGCCGUAGCGUCAAGUUCACCGGUCUUGAUGUGAAGCGUACUUACUUUGGCAACUGGCUUCGUGACUACUCUCAGGCGGUCGAUGUCGGUGCGCUCAAGAAGGCUCCUCUUCAGACGAUCAUCAACGUCGUCAUGGUUCUGGGCUUCCUGGCCCACGGCUACGUCACUGGCGAGUUUGAAGUUACCAAAGAGCGUCUCGGCUGCUACCUCCCCACCGAGCACAUUGACAACCCCAAGGGCUACGCCGAUGGCGAGGACGCCCGUAAAAUCGACCCUCGCCUCCGUGGCCCCAUCGACCCGCGCGAGCUCGAGAUUGACCCCCAGACGGGUAUGAAGAACUACAUUGCCAACGAGGGUGGCAACUGGGACACUUCCAAGGCUCUUGUCCGUCGCACCCUCCUGGGCUGUAUCGACAUGGGUCGCCGCUACGCGUCGUCGCACAGGACAGAGGACCAGUACGAGGCGAUGCGUCUCCUCGGCCAGGCCCUUCACACUCUUGAGGACUUUAGCGCCCACUCAAACUUCUGUGAACUUGCUCUCAUCUCGAUGGGUAACCAGAACGUCUUCCCCCACGUUGGCCGCAACGUCAAGAUCCGUGCCCCGAACGGUCGCGAUGUCCACCCUCUCGUCACCGGCACGUUUGGUGGUUCCGACUUUAUCCACUCGCUCAUGGGCGAGGCCACGGACCAUCUCUCUCAGGCAUCCGUGUCGGACCUUUCCAAGGCGCUGUCCAACUCCAGGUCCAUCUCCGAGGGCCAGUCCGCGUCGUCGAACACCCUCCGCACGCUCUUCUUUGACCUUCCCGGCAGCGAUGGUCACGAGCUCUCGCGCGAGAUGGACGACAUUAACACUAUGCGUGCGAGCAGCCAGGACCCAAGCACGAUGAGCCCCCAAGAGCUCCACGCCGUCAUGUGGAAGAUUCUCAGCUUCCGCGACUCGGUCAUGAAGAGGAUUGAGAACACCCUCGAGAAGAUUCCCGGCCUUGGCUCUCUCGUUGACAAGAUCGGCAACUCGGUUGCCGUCUUUGUCAUGACCACCCUCGAGCCCUUUGUCAAGCCCCUCCUCGGCACGGCCACCUCGGCCCUCAGCUCGUCGUCGCAAGCCGUCAUCGACACUGUCGACCAGUACGAGGUCUGGAACGACUGGAACGCGUCGGACCCCACCCACUCGUUCCUCUCCAAGGACCACUUUGGUCUUAUCCUCAACGAGCCCGCCGGGCAGAUUGCCAAGAUUAUCGUCCAGUUCUCGGUCGAGCGCAUUGUCCAGGCCUGGGGCAACACCAACGCCAACGCCAACCAGCUCGUCGACGAGAUUCUCCAGUGUCUCUUCCACCCGGACUUUGUCAACCGCCAGUCCCAGAUCCAGACCCUCAUGCUUGAGCACAUGCGCAAGUGGCUUGACAGCCAGGGUAAGGACAGGAAUGAGAUUCUCAACCGUCUCACUUCGGACAAUGUCAAGGCCGGCAAGAACCGUCGCAUUGGUGACACGUCGCCUGAAGGCCACGUCCACAACUCGAUGCUCCCUGAGGGUGGUCUCCAGGAGGUUUUCCAGCAGCACAACGUUCACGUGCCCGGCUCUCAGGUCCUCAACGCCGGCCAGGACAUUCUCGGCGGCAAGAUGCCGUGGCAGCAGGGCUUUGGCACCGGCACUGCCGGAGGUGCCCACGCUUGGCGUGAGAUUGACCCCAACGACGCCGCUGCCGCUGCCGCGGCCUCCCAGGGCCAGCACUACGGCAUGAACACGCAGCAGGGCCACUACAACACCCAAAACAUGCCGGCGCAGAACGUCAACAUGCAGGGAGGCUUCAACCAGGGAGGCUACAACCAAGGAGGCUACAACCAGGGAGGCUACAACCAACCUCCUCCCCAGCAGCAGCAGCACUACGGCGGUGGCUUUGACCCCAACCAGCACCAGCAGGGCCAGCACCAGCAGGGCUACUACGGCAACCAACCUCCUCACGGCCAUGGCCACGGUCACCAGGGUGACCAGUACGGCGGCAACCAGGGCUGGUAA